CUAGAUCAAACCCCCUAGGGAUCAAGCUUGAGAGAAAAGAGUAAACAUCAUUUCUCUAUUAUUUUGAAAUACUAGAUCCGAGCUACUUAAAUACAUAAAAAGAAUAUCUAAGGAUCUAAUAUUGAUUCGUUUUUUUCUUGUGAGACCAAUUUGAUAUUUCUUUUUAUUCAAGGAGGAACCAUUUAAAUCUUUGCACACCUUCUUUUUUUUUCUUUUUUUUUUCUUUCUAAUUUCUCUGUCCUCAGAAUCGUCUCGCCAAAUAACCUAAUUCAUCAUCACUGAAUUUUCUUCUGAGAAAGACUCAAAAAUCUAUUUUAUUAAAUAAAUCUUCACUUUAUCUCAUUUCUCUCUCAGCCGUCCUGUCUGAUCGAACAACGAUGUAAAAAUAUGGAAGCCGACAAACUCCUUAAUAUAUAUCCUUCGUUUUCUCCCCUUUGAAACAACUUAAGAAACAAUUCAAAGCUGUUAAGUGUCGUGCGACGUUUUAACCAAUGAGCACAAAGUACAAACAUAUCACUACAACAGCGUCAAUCUCAUACCAAGUACCAAAAAAAUAAAGAUAGGACGACAUUCUCAACUUUUUGCAUACUCUUUAUAUAUAAUGAAGAACAUUUAUCGUUGAGCUAUCAUUCACCAUUUCUUGUUUCUUGCACGGGAAGGAAGAAAAUGAAAGUUCAUUCUGUUUUAAAUCUUUCUCUAAUUAUUUUGUGCUACUUAAGUGCCCAACAAUGUAAUGCAGGAGAAGCUGAUGUUCUAAGCAAAUUUCUUAAGGCUCGACGAGCAAAUCGCUUGCACACAACAAGAAUUACCAAUAGCCUAGCGGCUGAUGAGAAACAGAGAUCAGUGUCAGGAUUCAUAGUGCCACAGGUAGGAUCAAAGGAAGAUGACAAGAUCUCGGCAUUGCCAGGGCAACCAAGUGGGGUUAAUUUCGAUCAGUAUUCAGGAUAUGUGACUGUUGACGCUGAUGCUGGUAGAGACUUGUUCUAUUACUUCACUGAAUCAACUCAAGAUCCUUCUACCAAGCCCCUUGUUUUAUGGCUAAAUGGAGGACCUGGUUGUUCGUCGCUGGGGGCUGGAGCAAUGAUGGAACUUGGACCAUUCCGCGUCAAUAAAGAUGGAAAAACCUUGUGGCUCAACCCAUUUGCUUGGAAUAACGUGGCAAACAUCCUCUUUUUAGAAUCUCCUGCCGGUGUUGGAUUCUCUUACUCUAACACAUCAUCAGAUUAUAUAACUGGAGAUGAAAAUACUAGACAAGACAGUUUCACUUUUCUCAUCAAUUGGAUGGAAAGAUUCCCAGAAUAUAAACACCGAGAUUUCUACAUUACUGGAGAGAGUUAUGCUGGGCACUAUGUGCCUCAACUUGCUCAGCUGGUCUUAUCCCGCAAGAAAACAGAACCCAACCUUGUCAUUAACUUGCAAGGAGUAGCUACUGGAAAUGGCAUUAUCGAUGAUGAAACAGCGACUAGUGGUUCCUAUGACUUCUAUUGGACACAUGCACUAAUAUCAGAUGAAAUCCAUGAAGGAAUUGUCUCGAAUUGCAACUUCUCGGCAGAAACCUCUACCACAGAAGCUUGUACUGAGUACACAGGCCAAGCAGAUUCAUCUCAAGGCAACAUAUACACUUAUAACAUAUAUUCCCAACUGUGCAACUCCUCUGCCUAUUUUUCCCUUCCUAUAGAUGGAUUUGAUCCAUGCUCAGCUGAUUACAUAGACAAUUACCUAAACACUGUCGAAGUACAAAAGGCGCUUAAUGUCAGAGAUAUACCCCAUUCCUGGGAUUCUUGCAAUGGUUACAUACAAGGAUCUUGGCAGGACUCCCCGCAUACUAUGCUACCAAUCUUUCAAGAGCUCAUGCAAAAUGGCAUUAGGGUUUGGAUUUAUAGUGGAGAUGUAGAUCAUAUUUUGCCUGUGACGACAAGUAGAUAUGCUAUAGACAAAAUCAAAACACCAGUCAAAACACCAUGGUAUCCUUGGUUCUUCCAGGGCGAGGUUGGUGGUUAUGCAGUAGAAUACCAGAACUUGACAUUCGUGACUGUAAGAGGAGCAGGACAUUUUGUUCCAAGCUAUCAACCUGGCCGUGCAUUGACCAUGUUCUCAUCCUUCAUCAAUGGAACACUCCCUCCUCAUCUCCACUAAGCAGAAAACA